AUGAAACAAUCAACUUCCUUCUCCGCCGCAUCGGCCCUCUUCGCACUCAUCCCCCUAGUGCACGGCCACGGCUUCGUCUCAAGCCCAACACCCCGCUAUCCCGGCUCAGCCUUCGAAGCCGCCUGCGGCCAACAAGCCUACGACACCGAAACAUCCGAUAUAUACGGAAACAUCCAGUCCGAGCUACAGGUCGCAUCAACACAGUCUGACUACAACGCUGCUAGCUGUGAUGCAUGGCUCUGCAAGGGCUUUAAGUACGCUGACAACAACGUCACUUACUCGUACAAGGCUGGUGAAACUGUUGACUUCGACGUUACUAUCCAUGCUCCGCAUACUGGCAUUGCGAAUGUCUCUGUUGUUGAGACAUCGAGCAAUACUGUUAUUGGGGAUCCGUUGAUUUACUGGUCUGUCUAUGCUUCGGUUUCUACUACGAUUCCGGCAAAUAAUACCCAGUUCUCGGUUACUAUUCCUGAUGAUUUGGGUGGGAAGUGUGCUACUGGUGGUGAAUGUGUGUUGCAGUGGUAUUGGUAUGCUGAGUCUAUUGAUCAGACUUAUGAGUCUUGUGUUGAUUUUACUGUUGAUGGGUCGGGUUCUGAUUCCAGCUCGGACUCGAGCUCUGGUUCCUCUUCAUCGUCCAGUGUUACCUCGAGUAUAGCUAUUGAGACUAGCUCAUCUGUCUCUUCUGAGACAUCUGCUCCAGCUGAGAUUACCCCCCCUGCUGCAACUUCCACUUCUGCUCCCGUUGAGGCUUCUGUUCCCGCUGAGACUAGCACCACCGCUGAGACAUCUUCGGCUACUGCGGAUGUAGUCGCUACUACCACCUUUGCUACCCGGGCUCGUGAGUCUGCGACUCCAUCAGCGGACCCUAGCUCUGUUGCAUCUUCUGUGCCAAUCCCAGUCAACGGUACCGCAGAGGAGAAGCUAAGCUGGAUCGAAAGUGUUAUGAAGUAUCUUGUCAACGGGAAUUAG